CUUAUGCUCUUGACAGAAGGACACCAGCAUCAGUACGGGAUCGAGCCCUUGGGAUGCAUGCACUUCGAAGGGCCUUCUGAGGUGGAAGUGUGUAUGGUGCAACAUGAACCAGUCCCCUGUCUGAACCCAAAGUGUGUAUGCUGCCGGCGGACAGUGUCCCUAGACGUCGCGGGCCAAAGUGCUUCGUCCCGGUUCUUUGCGUCCACUCUGUUGGGACAUGAUGACAGGCACAUGCCACAUCGAAGGGCCGAGGAGCGAACAUAAGGCCGUAGCUUAACGAAAAUGCCUGCGCUGGAGCACAUUCACGAUGGCAUCAACUGCAGUGCUUACCAUCACCACCCAGUUCUCUCGCGCGUAUACCCGCACGUCUUCACGCUCAGCGCCUACUUUCAAUCGCUUUUUCCGCCUCGGCAGUAUAACCAGCUCAUCUCGGCUGUCGCGGAGCAGCUCGCGUCUGCUGCCAAAUUGAGCGAUGUAGAUGGCAGAAAGCUGACAAGAGACGAGCAGCUAGAAAAGGCAAGGGACAAGGCGACAGAGUGGAUGGACGCUUACCUAGUCGGAGUCCAUGAGUCUCCUCCUCCGCAGCAGGACACAGACGACGAGUCCCAGUGCAGCACAGCGCUUACUCCUGCGUCGCUGCACAGCCUUCAGGAUUUGAUCUUCAUCUCUCAGCAGAUCCUCCUCGCCCAACGGCCUAGCCCAUCGUCUAAGCAUCCGCCUGCAAACAUCCUCACGCUCGGAUAUCGACCCGCCGAUGAGCGAUCAAGCUCCUUUCGGUUACCUCUGCCACUCCCCUUUGCCCUGGCAGAGGCUGCAUCAGCCUUGUCGUUGCAUGUGCAUCCAGCCGCAUGCGCACGAGCAAUCACGAACUAUGCCCUCAACACUUCCCUCACGCACAUCCUCGAAUCGCCUCUCUUUCACGCCCUGGCAGAUACAACGACAGGUAGCGCAUAUCGGCACUCGGCCCUGCUCGUGCACAUAUUUACAUCCACCUCCCUCUUCAGGCGUAUUGACGCGGGCCUUCAUUCUGAUCAUCUCUCCCAGCGAGGAACUGAAACCAAGGCUGAAGGAGGAGGCAAGCGGGACUCAAGGCAGGGUCCACAUCAGUGCUACUUUCAGCUCUGCGGGCGUCCCCUGCCGGAUGUAGUGCAGGCCCAAGCCCAGGAGGCGCUUGUAGGGGCUUCUAACGGGGCAAGUGGCGCGAAGCGCAAAUUACGCGGCCACGAUGGUUUCCUGUCCAUUAGAAACGACUCAACUGAAGCAACGGCAGCAAUAAGAAGGAAGAGGACGAGGAGAGGCAAGACGCGGGGUCGAAGCCAAUGGGUUGGGCAUCCAGCGUUUCAUGGUCAGGAUCAACAGCAGGAGCCCCAGGGGAUAUCAUCCCUCAUCCCACCUCCACACGCCGGCACGAAGGUAUCUUACAAUCUGCUGAAGUGCAAACACCCUACGCAUUGCGCGAGCAUCAGUGCCACUGGACGGGUCUCUCAAGCUUGCGCUCAUGAGAAUCUCCCGCGAGCGCCUCAGAGCAAAUCAGGAACCUGCUGGAUGCGGCCAUUGACGAGCAUCGCGCUUGUCCGCUCCCGCACCUUCUAUGCGCGUCCUACGCUGGACCGCAUGAAGAAGGUUUGCACCGGUCUGCCCCCCAGCCACGUCUUUCAGCGCAGCCGCAAGGCUGGCAUGGUCAAUCACUGCUACUCUUCAGACCCGCACACAGCUGUAGGCGCUUCGCAGAACAUAGGUGGACUUCGUGUCGGCAAGGGGAUAGGCGCGGCAGCAGCGGCCAAGUUCAUCUUCCCACGUUUGAACUCGUCUUCGAAAGCAUUCUCGCAUCCUGAAGGCGGUGGUGGCAUCUUUGGUGGCAACGGCCACCGACAGCGUGGUCUAGGACGAACGACCUCAGCCGCGUCCAGUCGUGACGCUGUUUCCGACGGACUUGGAACCACGCGCCGGCGCUGGCGCGCCCAUCAGACACAGACGGCGCGACGUGCACGACAUGUGCUCAAGUACAUAUUUCCACGGCAGUAUGGCCUGCACAACGUCUUCACUUCCGCCACCUCGGCAUCAGGUUAUGGCAACGCCGCCGGGCCAGGCCUUGGCGCCGGCGAUAAUGCAGGCUCGGGGCCGACUAGCGCGGCAGGUGCAGGCUUUGUGACUGCACAAAGGUUCGUCGACUAUGUCUCACGCGAAGCGGAGAUUGCAUACCACGUUGCACGGCGAGGACGGCGGCCUAAGUCAGCAGGCAUGUCCGCAUUUAUCCCCUCGUCAAGACCACCAUCAACGGUAGCAGGAGGGGUACCCGCACGCGCACAAGUACAGGCACGCACGCGACCAGCGGCAGCGUUCAAGACACCCUGGCGUCUCAAGCCGGUGCUGCCCAUCGUUCACCACAUGUUGCAGAGGCAUGACCGCCUAAACUACCGCGCGCUGCUCAACCGAUGCGCGAAGAACAUGGUGCCCAGGCGGAUGAGUCAGGAAGAGCGCACCUUGUUGGCACGCAGCUUGGCUGAGGUUGCCGAUCGGCCUGAUCGGACGCAUGUACACCGCAGUGGAGGAUGCGGGAACGCCGACAGAAAUGGACACGGCGACGGUGUGGAUACCUCGAGCAAAUUGGAUGUAGCGGCAGAAGUGGAGGGGGAUGCCUCGCAUGAAUGGCGCAAGGUUAAGCGCGCCGAACAGCGACGAAGCGGCCACGAAGAAACAGACAGUGUCAAGAAAGCUGUCGCUAUGGAACACCUGGCCAAGCCGGUCUUUCAGCACUUCGUCGUCAUGCACACGCAGGUCACCCGGUUCGCCAUUCAGGUGUUCAGGUACAUCAUUCCGAAUGCCAUGCUUGGUUCCAAGCACAAUCGGCGCGUGCUGGAGAAAUGUGAGUUCUCCUCAAGGCGAUCUCAGGCCCGAGGAUAAAAGCAGGCGUUAUGAAACGGUGACACUUCAUCAAUUGCUGCAAGGCAUUCGGCUGAGCGAUAUCUCUUGGCUCCAACCCGCGGGCCGCACCAAGACCACGCGCGAGGACGACCUGCAGCGGCGGUCAAUUCUGGCCGAGCUGAUAUACUAUCUCUUCGACUCGAUCCUCACACCUCU